CGGCUGGCUGUGUAAGCGUAAGCGUAGGCAGCUGUAGCUCGACAGGAUUCUUUUGGCUCCUAAAUUCUCUCCAUCCAACUUUGUAAAAACAAUUCCAAUUCCUCUGGGAAAAAUUGAAAAAUCCCUCAAAAAAAAAAAACAAAAAAAAGAAAACGAAUUUCUUGGAGCUGGAAAAUGGCCUCCCCUGACAGUCCCGGGACCGCCGCGGGCGGAGACGACGGUGGCGGCGGCGGCGAGGACAGGGUGCUGGCUACUGCACAGCGGAUACUGAAGAGCCUCAACACUCCAAAAGAAGUGCGCGAGGACAUGCUCCUGAUCUUCUCCAGCUUCGACAAUCGGCUGUCCAACAUCACUGACUUGGUCAAAGACGGAGACCCCACCUCCUCCGCCGCAGAGGACCGAUUCGAGUCCUCUGAGAAGAUCAUUUUGCGCUGGGAUGCUGACGCCGACGCCUCCAGGCGCACCCUCGCGUGGGAGGACUCGCCGGAAGAAGCUGCCGAGUACCUCUCGGCGAUCGACGAGAUUCUCCAGUUAUGCGAGAACCUAUCCAUGGAAGACGACAAAGACAGAGACUACAUCGACCGGGCUGAUACUGCGAUCCAGCUCGCUAUGUCACUCCUGGAGGACGAGUUUCGCCACAUUCUGAUCCGUAACACGGUGCCGCUCGACGCCGGGCGGCUCUACGGCUCGAUCCGUAGGGUUUCGCUCUCUUUCGCUUCCAAUGAAGGGGAAAUCGGCGAUGAAUUCGAGAGCUUCGGAGAAGUGGACAACGAGAGCAGUGGCUGCUUUCACGAGCGAGGACCGAGUCUGGGCGACGAUUUGAGUGUUGAUUUGAUCAAUCCUGAUGCGGUUGCUGAGCUGAGGGAGAUUGCGGAUCGGAUGAUUCGGUCUGGAUACGAGAAGGAGUGCAGCCAGGCUUAUAGCAGCGUCAGGCGUGAGGCUUUGGAUGAGUGCUUGGUGAUUUUAGGGGCCGAGAAGUUUAGCAUCGAGGAAGUGCAGAAGAUGGAGUGGAGUGAUCUCAACGAGACCAUGAAGAAGUGGAUACAGGCUGUGAAGAUUGCAGCGAGGGUCUUGUUGUCAGGUGAGAAAAGGCUUUGUGAUCAAAUCUUCGAUGGAGCCGAGUGGAUCAAGGAGGCUUGCUUCAAUGAGACGGCAAAGUGGUGUUUAAUGCAGUUACUGAAUUUCGGAGAGGCAGUGGCAAUUGGGACUCGGUCCUCCGAGAAGCUUUUCCGUAUUCUGGACAUGUAUGAUGUGCUUGCAGAUGUGAUGCCCGAUUUGCAGGCGAUGGUUACUGAUGGAUUUGUAUGUAACGAGGCCAAGGGAGUUCUGGAUGCAUUAGGAGAGGCUGCGAUAGGGACAUUCGGGGAGUUUGAGAAAGCAGUGCAGAGCGAGACGUCUAGGAGGCCAAUGCAAGGGGGCGAGAUUCACCCUUUAACUCGUUAUGUCAUGAACUAUGUUAAAUUGCUUGCCGACUACAGCACUACCCUUAACUUACUUUUGGAUAGCAAUGAGGAUGAGUUGCGUGAUUUGCAGAAUGAUGAAGGCGAUGAGUUGCAGCUAGAGAACAUGUUGCCGUUAUCACGACGCCUGUUAUUGUUGCUUUCCUGUUUAGAAUCCAACCUUGAGGAGAAAUCAAGGCUGUACGAAGAGCCUGCGAUGCAGUACGUGUUUUUGAUGAACAAUAUCUGGUACAUAGUGCAGAAAGUGAAGGAUUCCGAGCUUGCCAAGCUUUUGGGAGAUCAUUGGAUCCGUAAGCGGCGUGGCCAAGUGCGUCAGUAUGCCACGAGCUAUCUAAGGGCUUCUUGGAGCAAAGCUUUGUCGUGCUUGAAGGAUGAGGGGAUCGGUGGGAGCUCGAGUAAUGCAUCCAAGGUAGCCUUGAAGGAGAGGUUCAAGAAUUUCAAUGCAUGCUUCGAGGAGAUUUAUAGGAUUCAGACAGCUUGGAAGGUCCCCGACAAGCAGCUACAGGAUGAACUCCGGAUAUCUAUAUCUGAAAAGGUGAUUCCAGCUUACCGUUCCUUUCUGGGGCGGUUUGGGAAUCAGCUAGAGAGUGGAAGGCAUUCUGGGAAGUAUAUCAAGUAUACACCAGAGGAUUUGGAGAACUAUGUGUUAGAUUUGUUUGUGGGGUCACCCAAUGUCCUACAUCAUUUGAGAAGAAAAAGUUCUUAGCAUAAUAAUAGAGGUCUUGUCCGAGGAGGUACGCUUUCCCACUUUUAUCAAAAUUUUGAUAGAGUGGAGUUUCCUCUAUGAUGUAGCUUGAGUAUAUGAUGCUUAUAUCUGGAGAUGCGUGUUAUAAGAACUAGCUUUGUUAUAUGUAGUUGUUCCCUUUCGCAUAGUGCAUACCAUUUUGUAUAUCCACUUUUAGCAUAAGAGGCUUUUGUAGGCUUUGGCUGGGAAAGGAAUAAAAGAGGAGAAAUUGAAGCUCCUGCCACUAUGUUUUGAUUUAUAA